CUGCUCUCUCUCUCUCUCUCCCCUCAUCCACAAGCUCGCACAAACUCCAUAUUCGUGAUUGUGAUGCACACGGCAAAGUGAAACCUAGCAAGCAUCCCAAAACCGAAUAGCGCCUUUUCACGCAAGUGCCUCAAGAUGGCACAGCCUUCGUCAACCACGGAUGUGCUCCUGUACUUUCUGGCACUCUUCGUGCCUCCCGUACCUGUCGCCAUCAAGCGCGGAUGUGGUGCUGACCUGAUCAUCAACAUCCUCCUUUGGGUUCUCGGCUGGAUCCCGGGCGUCAUCCACGCCUGGUGGCUCAUCAGCAAGUAUCCAGAGUACUGAACAGAUUCUCAAGACCAAGCGGGAGCAGAUUCGAAGCAGCCUAUCUUCAAAUCUCUGCCAGCUCCAUUGUGGACGACUCCUCACAUUGAGACACCUAACGCACCGCACGAUACCCUUCAUGACCCCAUUGUCUCCUAGAUUUUCACGAUGCCUCUCAAGCCGAGCGAAGGUCAAGCUCCCAGACACACCUCAUUGAGGUGUUGACCGUUCAGUGCAAUACGACUGCGCGAAAUGUCGAUGUUCAGGGGUGAUGAGCGAGCAUGCAUUCGGGGCGAGUCACCAGAUCUGGCCUGAGAAGCGAGCAACUCUUCUGUCUUUGAAUCGAGCAUCUCGCCUG